UCCGUCUUUCAGACAGUCUGUUUUUGCUGCAGUGAACGGUAACCGUGGAGAGGCGCAGAUAGCCUACAAACAGUGGAGGAAAAAGAACGAAGGAAAAAAAUAAAACUAAACAAGGAGAAACAAGAAAUAACGAGGAGAUUAUUCCAAGAAUUAAACAGAGAAGGCGCCGCAGUGGAAAGAAAAAAGCUGCGUAUCAAGAGGAGAGUCAUCAGUGGAGGGGACCUUACUGUAAAGCAGCAAGAGAACCCGGAGGAGCCAGGAGGAGGAAUAUCACGGUGACACUCCAGAGCCUCUCUACCCUCCUGAGCUUUCAGCGAGAUAGGCGGAUCUGUGUGCCAGACCAUGGCCUUCCCAUCAGCCCCCUCUGCUCUAUGGAUUGUCAGCUUAUUGACUGCACUAUUCGCAGCUGCGGUUCACAGCAACAUUGUCAAUGAUGAGGAUCCCCUACAGCCUACGACCUCAGAUGAAACGGUGUCCGUCGGUGGCACGGUAACGUUGACCUGUACGGUGACAGAGACCGACAACUCUUCGCUGCAGUGGUCCAACACUGCACAACAGACUCUGUACUUUGGAGAGAAAAGAGCCCUGAGAGAUAACCGCAUCCAGCUGCUUCGCUCGACUCCCACUGAGCUUGUCAUCACAAUUUCUGAUGUGCAGCUGUCUGACGAGGGCGAAUACACCUGCUCCAUCUUCACCAUGCCCGUUCGUACGGCUCGGGCGACCGUCACUGUUCUAGGUGUGCCCAGUACGCCUCAGAUCUCUGGCUUUGAAAAGCCAGUGCGAGAGGGCGAAAAAGUCACCCUUACGUGCACCAGCACGGGCAGCAAGCCCCCUGCCAAGCUGCGCUGGUACAAAGGAGACACCGAGUUGCAAGGGCGCCCAGAUGUGGUUGAAUCUGUUCCAGACGACCCCACUUACAAUGUGAGCAGUGAGCUCAUCCUGGAGGUGAGUGCCAGCGAUGAUAAGGCCAUCAUCUCCUGUGUCGUUGACCAUGACUCCCUGAAAGAUGAACAGAAGAAGACCGAGCAGGCGCUGCAAGUCUGGUAUGCUCCUAGGGUAGAGAUCUCUCCGGAGGCAAUAGAUGGCAAUAGAAUGGCAAUAGAAGGGCAGGGGUUUGCUCUGCAUUGUAAAGGCCAAGGCAACCCUGAGCCCACCAUCUUCAACUGGGAAAAGGUGGAGGGAGAGCUCCCCCCACUGGCCAAAGCAGAAGGAGCUCUGUUGUCUUUUUCAAUGCUCAACAAAUCAGAUAACGGCAUGUACAUCUGCCAUGCUGGCAACGACAUUGGGAAGGGCAGUGGAAGCUACACACUUGACGUUCAAGAUCCCAAUGAACCCUACUUCCCAACUGCUACCCCUACGUUUUUCCCUCUGCCGAAUUCCCCCAUCCCCUCCUCCAUCCCUGAUGUCUUCCAAGGCUCAGGGUCAGACUCCCCUGACUUCCUCUCCACCUUUUCCCCUGACUCCUCCACUUUGACGUCUGUCAUCUCAUUGACAACCCCACCCUCUUCCACCACCACCCUUUCCAACGUCCUUUUCCCUGACUUGCCCUCCUCCCCUGACUCCUCCUCCCUCCCCCCAUCACCUGUGACUCCUUCCCUUACAUCCCAGACCCCUUCAGUUUCCGUCCAGACGAACGGAGUUAACACUUUCACAGUUGAUGCACGCAACUCAACAGACACAACAGCCCUGUCGAAACCUCCGAACGUGGACCAUGCUGUUAUCGGUGGGGUUGUGGCAGUUAUCGUCUUCAUCCUGCUUUGCCUUCUCAUCGUCCUCGGCAGAUACCUCAUCAGACACAAAGGAACGUAUCUGACCCAUGAGGCCAAGGGUUCCGACGACGCGCCUGACGCCGACACAGCUAUCAUCAAUGCUGAGGGAGGCCACUCCGGAGCCGAAGAAAAGAAGGAAUACUUCAUCUAGAUGGGUGGGGAGACAGAGUGGUGGGAGGGAAUAAAGCUAGGAGGAGGAAAAUAUGGAGGAUUAAGCUGGAGGAGAAAGAGAAAAACCUCCAUUUGUUUUCACAACUCUUCAGUUCUUUACUCUGUUGCAGGAAUGUUAGCAGGGGCAGGGAGGUAAAGAACUGUGGGCAAAGCUUCAACUACCCUCUUUGCAUUGAUACAGGGAAGAGAGAUUUUUUGCACUGACAUUUGGAUGAACUGAAGAUACACAUGACCCACACACAGAAAAACACCCGAUUCACAUCUUUUCUUUCUGCACAGACUUUCUUUCUACUCGUAGAUGCUCAGAUUAACAAAGGCGACCUUCCUACUAACACAUCCUGGUCCACUAUCAAAUCCUCAAGCAUCCCUUUUUUUUUUCCCCAACUGUCAGCGCGGUGAAAAAGAUAAAUUGUAAACCACAUUCCAACAUUUUCAUAACCUCUUUUCUCCCCACACUGCAGGCCAAACUAGGUCUGCCCCCUUCAUGUUCCUGUCCUCAUUUUCUCUAUCCAAACCAUGCAGAAUCCCUUUGAAAAUACGCUUUGGGCAGACACAAAUUCUUGACUGGAAAAAAAAAAACUAUACUCUUUUAUCUUGUUUUAAUGGUUUAAUGCCACCAAACAUCUUCCUGCAGACGAUCAGAUUUUUCCACAACGCACCACCACAAAAACUUGCAAAAACAGCAUUCCUACCUUGCGCUACCAAGCCCAGGGCCUCCAAUAUACAUAUAUAAAUAUAUAUAAAUAUAUAAAUAUAGAGUUAUAUAGCAUUCUUUUUACUUAACAGAAAGCGUUCGGUGUGUUGUAAAUACACUCUCUGUUCUGUUAUUUUUUGCAGUCUGUCAUUCUUCGGCACCCUCUGUCCUCUCUCAUGCAGCCCGUUACUGCCUCACAGUAACUUAUAUACUCAAAAAUAAAGUAGAAAAAAAAAAGCCUGCCUGUUUUUAUUACAUGCGUGAAUAUACAGUUAAAAUGAUCAUUAUCUUUGGGCUAGAAAAAGAUGUAACAAACACAUUGUUGCGAUGAAACCUAACCUGAACUGCAAAUAUUUGUACAAAGAAUGUUUUGUUUUUUUUUUCCUAUUGGUUUAUUUGUGUUUUCUAAAUUUCUUUUUUUGGAUUUUUUUUUUUUUUGUUGGGGGGGGAGAUUGUUGUAUUUCCUGCCCGCGUCUUGUGUUACUGUCAGUGUUAACAGUUUACAGUGUCUGCCUGUAUGUCAGUUAAAAGGUCUUUUGAUUUUGCCAUUUUUAAGUCGUUUCUUUGUCUCUUACUGUGGACAGUUUCUCCCUGUGCUGUCAAACCUUGACCCGUAAUCUGUAGCAAAGUGUCAGCUAAACACACAUUGAGAAAGGUUUUAAUGGACUUUCAUUCCUGUCUUUCAUGUAUGUUUCCCUUCAAAUUGAGCCUGCUAAACCCAACUCUCACCUUCAGAUUGCCUUUCUUGGCAAGACCAUCUGGCUCUGAAUCCAUUGAGUAGGGGCAUCACUGGCUUUCUCUAAGAACCUGCCAUGUUUGCUACUUCAGGGUUGAGAAAAUACUCACAGGACCUAACAGGGCUGUCUACAUGCAUUUCAACUAAGUUCCUGGCAAAAGGAGAGGGGAAAAAAAAAAGAAUGUUCUUGUGUAAGCAGGACUCAUUCGCCAGCUUAGUGAAAGCUUUCCAUGAAUGAACGCAGCUUUAUUAAGGUUGAGACCUAGUCUUGGCAAUAGCGAGCCCCACUUGGCCCAGGCAUGGAAAUUGAUUGCAAUCUAACAAAGAGGCUCUGGCUGCAGGUUGUACUCAUGCCAAGGCUGUGUUGGACGAGCUGGGGGUUUCAGGCUUCUCCAGUCCUCAAGAAAGUCAUUUAGGAAACCUAAUGUCCUCUUCUUCCAACUCCCCCGAUCCCUAACCCCACCCCACUCGUCGAUUUCUUUUCAUACUUUAAUCAAUCAAGCCGUCUGUGUCCUGAUCCACCUUCACCCCGUUUCCCCUCCUCUCGUCACUCCUUCCUUCCCCUCCCCUCCAUUUCCGAUCAAUGUCCAAAAUCUCCUUCCCAGUCUUUUGUCUCCUUGAGAAGGCUACAGAGACAUACAGUAGCUGUGUGGUUAUAGCUCUCUGCGGAACUGAGGGUGUGUGUUGAGGAUGAAUCCGUGAUCAAUUUGCAAACUACCCUUGAAAAUAUUAAUAUAUCAAGUAUUUUCUGCUGCUUAACAGGGUCCUGUUAGUUUUUAUUGAGAGUUGUUGACUGAGAUGUUGCAGAAUUUCAUCCUGUAACUGCCUGAGUUUGUUUCAGACCUUUUUCUGCAAGUCCAAAGACAGGCGGCAGUUAGGUUAUGAGUGUGCAUGAGAAUAUAUCGUCAUCCUUUUCCGUCUCUUUGUUUCAUCCCUGGUCCCUGAUGGACCAGCACCCUAUGCAGGGUGCGCUCUGCCUUUCACCCUGUGAGAACUGGGAUUGGCUACAUCCUAAACAUAUAUAACAGUGGUUCCCCAAACCCUGGUCUCCAGAGUCCCGUGUCCUACAUCUUUUAGAUCAAGAGUUUUCAAACAUUUUCUAACAAAUACUAACUCGGCGAAUAUUAAAGAUGUAAAGUACCAGCAUGCUGACCCACGAUUUUUAGAACAAUAGUGAAUCAGGACUUCUUCACUCUCGUUUGUGAUAAGGGAAUUACUUUUUCAUUCCAUUACGUUCAUAAGAUUUCAUUUUGUGGUUACUAGUUAAAGAAAUAACAGGAAUAACCUCUGAAGUCUGCAGUUUGAGAAAUAAAGUCAGAUGUUUCUCAACACCCUAACCUCAAAAUCCAAUAUAUUUAUGAUCUGUUUAAGGCAAAAAUAAUAAAUGGUUUAUUGCACUUCUGACUGUACUAAUCUCAUUAAAUCUUCACCAAAAUUGUAUAAUGCAACAUCUUAAGUAAACAUAUUCAUUCCAAAGAGACAUUUGAAGAAAAAGUGGUCAGCUUAUGAUGCUUGUAACGAAGCAAGCUACAGUAAUUACUGUCUGAAUUAAUUUACAUUUAUAUAUAAAACAUUUUUUGAUCCGUCAAAGAAAUUCCAAAUUAAGUACAGAUCUGUGAGUGUUAAUAUAUAUAUAUAUAUAUAUAUAUAUAUGAAUAAAUACUAUUAAUUUAGGUGCUGAGCAUGAAAAUUAGCUAAAUAGGACAUACUGUAAGUUGAUUUGAACCAUUAGAUGAUGCAGUCCUCUAUAUAAUCUUUGGUCCAGCAUGUGUUGAAAUUGUAUCAACAAACUCUACUGCAUGUUGGCUUGGAGAGAAUUCAUUGUUUAUCUACAAGUUUAUUUUUGUUUAGAAUAAAAAUCUGAGGUUCUGACUUUUGAUUCCGUGUUAAAAACCUCCCUAUUUAGGCAGGUUCUGAUUGAAGCUAAAAUUGUUGUGUUUGGCUGCGGUGAAUCAGCUAUCAAUUAAAGUUAAUUGACUUCCUAUAUAAAAUCUGAGUACAACCUAGGGUGAUUGAAAGAUCACAGUGCGGAUUAUACCACAUUUUAAGAAGCUUAGUUGUUCUCCUUCACUUGUCCAAACAUUAGAAUAUACUAUUUAUUGUAUAUUUCUUUACAUUUAACAAUUUAACUGUGUUUGUGUUUAAAACUGAAGGGAAUCUGGUCUUUUUUAUGUCUUUGCAUAAAAAAGACCAUAAAUUUUAGGGUGGAUGCUGUUUCAUUACAUUAUUUCUAAUAAUUCAUAGACAAUCAUUGAUCAAAGUUUUAAGAAUAUUAACUUUAAGAAGAAUUAGAUGCUUUUGAUUAAUCUAUAUGUUUAUAUGGCUGAAAUGUGCAAAUGAGGUAUAAUAAUCCUGCUUCCACUAAUGUAAUUGUGUAGAUAACAGGCUUCUUGGGAACUGACAAAUUAAGGAUGGCGUCUUUAAAAGGCUUCAUUCUCGAUCAAGUACUUUUUUAAAAAAGUGUAGGAUAUUUGGCUCUGAGGGUCAGGGAACUGCUGCUGUGUGGGUCACAGUGGGAACAGCUCAUAUAUGAUUGUUUUUGUCAUUUAAAAGUGUCUGUUUCGACUUUUAGUUUCUGUUAUGGUUGAAGAUCAGAGAAUCAGCUCUGUCUCAGAGAGGUUGUUGCACACUUCAAUGACGUUGGCAUUGAAUUGUAUUUAUCCUCAGUCUACUCUAACUCUGCUCAUGCUGGAGAGAGGAAAUACUUGCCUCAUACUUAAAGUAUAAUGUCUUUUUAAAAACUAAUGGACCUGUAUUUGCCUGUAAUUUAGUGUCUGUCUUUUGUCUUAGUUAAUGUGCUAGCAUGUAGCUUGCAUGAGAAAUGGUUGGAAAGUGUAGAUACUGCUGGAGAAGAGAAGUGCCGACAGGCCACUCUCCUGAGACCUAGCUGCUGCCCUCUGUUCUGCAAACAUAACCACGUCCCAGAUAAAUCAGCCAGGAACCGCCUCAGCUCUGCUGACAAAAUAUUAUUAUUUUUUUCUCUUCCCUCCAACACUCCAAUAGGGAAAUCUGCAUUUGUUGCACUGAGGUGUGCUCUCAGUGCAUCUGUUUUUUAGCCUUGGUGCGAUAGUGACUGUCAGCAGGUGCAAUCAAAAGCAUCACUUCUCUUCUCCGUCUUCGAUCAGUUUUAGCAUAACCACCCCCCCACCCCCACCCCCCCAGUCUGUAGGCACAAGAAAACUAGCAGCCUAUAAUGUUCUCUCCUCUUUUUGUAGCAGAAACCAUUUAUUUUAUGUCAGAAUUUUUUAAAAGGCUGUGCAUAAUCAUCAGUGUUUUUACUUUCAGUUUGGUUUAUUAUCUUAUUUUAUUUAGAUUUCCCAAAACUUGAAUGUUAGAAUUGUAGUUUUUGCUUUUAUUUUCCUGUUUCAGCAAUCACUUUUCCAAGUUUUCCUGUAAAUAGUGUUGCCUUUACUGGAAACUCUUACAUGCAGAUCCAUACAAACACCACACACACACAGACACACACUGUGGAUGCAUCAACACACAUAUACAUAAAUAUGCACGGCAGGCGGUCUGCUCCUGUGGUGUAUUUGUACUAAAAUGUGUGUGUGUGUUUGUGUAUGAGUGUGUAUAAAACGACCCAAACAGACUUCAGAGACACCCUUAUUGUGUUGCUUCACAAAAAGAAAUGGUUUUAUUUCUAUGAACAAAGAAAUUCUUUUUUUUCUUUUUUUGGAUGAUAAGUCUUCCUUUCGGGUAAAUAUUCAUGUCACAUGGAAAUAGUGCUGUUGUGUGUGUUAAUUUGUAAAAAAAAAAAAA